AUGGCUCAAGAACCUAACUUCACAUUCACUUACCAAUACUACAAACUAAAAGAUCAUCCAUUUUUAACUAACGUAAGCUCUUCCAUCAACCUAUCUACCUCUAGAUCUGAAGAUCCUCCUUCUUUCACCGCAUUUUUCGCCAUUUCUGCUAACUCCUUGGCCCGUUUCCUCCUCUCUUCUCCAACCAUCACUUCCCUCACCGCUCCCUCCACUUUCUCUCUGCUAAUGAAGUCUCCAACUACUUGCAUCAUCUUCUUCACUCCCACACUCACUCCUAACUGCUCGGCUCCCACGGGCCAUGUCACCAUUGGCAGGCCCGCUGCCACCCCUUCUAAUAACGAGUUCCAUCCACAAUGCGUCAAAAAUCCGCCAAUUGCUUUGUGCUCAAGUAUCAGCACUUGUGGCGCCCACCCUCGGAUUAUCAAUCCUUUUCCCUUGGUCUUCUCUUCAAACCCCUCUGAGGAUUUUGCUGCAAAGAGAGUGAUGUCUAUGGUACCUUGGCUGCCUUUUCUGUUAACCACCCAGACAAAAUCAUGUCCUGACAUAUCUAAACCAGCUGCAAUCUCUAUCAGCUGCUCGUUUUUAAAGCUAGACAUGGUUCCAAAGGCCAUGUAAAUCACUGAAUCACAUUUCUUGGAGUCGAGCCAUUUCAAACAUUCAUGCUCAUCAAUGCUUGCCUUUUUGCCUCUUUCUGCUUUCUCCUCGAACUUUCUAUUUCCUAAGGAAAGCGGACCGAUAUGCCACGCU